CCCAGGUCCUCAGAGCAGAGAGUCCCGAAACUUCUGGAGAGGGGUAGGAUACGGGUCUGAGCAGACCAGAGUCCGGAGGGAGUCAGACAGGAUCUUAAAACCACACCUUGAACCGGACUUUACUUUCAUUUAACCUCGGACAAGAAGGAGCGUACAAGGACUCGGUUGGACUCGUCUUUGUUCGGCUUCGUUCGCUCCAGCCUCGGAUUAAACAAAAAAAAAAGUUCGGUUUUUACAUUUUGGCAUUUUUCGGGUUGUUUUGUUGAACUAUUUUUUUUUUAAGUUUGCUGAAGAAGAAGAAGCUCAACACCUCACAGCUGACUGACGAAAAGUUGCGCAACCGACCCGACAAUAAUAACCAGACAAAGACGUCAUCACCGUAGCCUACAGUCAGGCUCCAGUUCUCCCAGUAUCAACACAUCAUCUACUGGAUCCACCAGUCCGACUUCAAACUUCUUUUUAAAUGGUAUCUCCACAUAAAGUUCUGCUCCAAAACUAGGCGGACCCUCAGUAACCAUCUUUGACUCUAACGUGGUUUCUCCUGGAUCUUACUGGUUUCCUGUUGAGUCAGUCCGGACCAGAGAACAAGAUGAGCAUGGGCGUGGCCACAGCGAGGUCUCAGAAGUGUCUGAAGAGGUUACUGGACGAGCCCCAAGAAAAUUUACCCAAAUGCAAAGUUCCCCGUUUGGCUCCCCCGCCUCCGACCACAGGCAUACCACCGUACCUGAGGUCCAGAAGCCCCGCCCCCAAGUCUGACCAGAGCCAAUCCCCAACCAGAGUGGGGCCGUAUAUCCUGUUGGAACGCUGUGACGGGGAGGAGACUUACAGGGCCUCGCACGCACAGACUGAGCAGCAAUACACCUGUCAGGUGAUUCCUCUUCAUGGUUACCAGGAGCGCUUAGCUGCCUACACCCGGAUCGGUCCCCAUGACAAUAUCUGUGGCCUGCAGGACGUGGUGGUCGGACAGGAUAGCGUGUACGUCUUCCUGUCAGGUCACCAUGGCGACAUGCACGCGUACGUGAGAAGCAGGAAGCGCCUGGGCGAGGAGGAGGUGGGGCAUCUGUUCGCUCAGAUGCUGAGCGCCGUGGCGCACUGUCAUCAGCACGGAAUCGUCCUGAGAGACCUGAAGCUCCGCAGGUUCGUCUUCACCGACAAGUACAGGACCCGUCUCGCUCUGCUCGGCCUAAACGACUGCGUCCUCCUCCGCGGUAAACACGAGGACGACUCUCUGACGGACAGACACGGCUGCCCCGCCUACGUCAGCCCCGAGCUGCUGACCAACGGGAUAGGCUCUUACUCGGGCCGUGCCGCAGACAUCUGGAGCCUGGGCGUGUCUCUGUUCACCAUGCUCAUUGGACGAUACCCGUUUCAGGACACUCAGCCCGCCGCGCUGUUCGCCAAGAUCCGCCGCGGCUCAUUCAGCCUGCCUGAUUGGCUGUCGUCGCGGGCCAAGUGUCUGAUCGGCUGCAUGUUGAGGAAGUUGCCCGCGGAGAGGCUCGAGGUGUCCGAGCUGCUGAUGCACCCGUGGCUGACCAAUCCCAGGACGCCACAUCACAACGGGCAAAAGACGCAUCACAGCUCAAACAAAACGGCACAAAACAAAGACGAGGACGACGACCAGGUGGUGCCAACGUGGACUGAAAAACACUAACAGACAUGUGUUGUUCUCUACUUGUGAGGACCUCCUAAACAAACACCCACUUAAACUUCAGCGCCACAGCUAACCGACCCUGAAACUAAAUCUGACUCCAAUUAAAAUGUGAUGAAGGUUUUCUACAGAUUUAGCACCCAAUGCAUCAACCAGAUAAAAUUAAACCCCCCCUACCCCCAAAGUUUAUUUUUUAUUAUCAUGUGAUGAUUAACAGAGCAGUGCCAUGUUUUAAUCCUGAUGGUAUCGGACGAGUUUAUCAGAAUCACAAUCAGGAUAGAAAAUAUGGUAUCUGUCUUCACAUCUCUAUUCCGGACAAAAUCUCCUCACAGCCCGUCAAAAACAAAUUCUCAAUUAUUUUAAAUUGAAGUGAAAUUGGUCCUCACAAAGAUAGAAAUACAAUUGCAGACACACACACACGCUUCCAAACAGUCUGAUCCUGGAUUACUUGACCCCACCCUCAGGUGCCUUUCACUCACUGCAGCUGCGUCUCAAAUCAAGCCCCGCCUCUUUUGAAAGGGAUGUGACCAAUGGAAAUAAUUUUCUGUUCAGGUGCUUUUUGUAAACUCAUUUAUUGGACAACUCUUGUAAAAAGAGGGAGAGAGACUAAAGACGUAUCCAUUCUAACAACAAUAUCAAAUCAUUUCUAUUUAAAUAGGUUCAUAUCGACUCCCUGAGCACAGCGCAGGUUCAAUUCGAAGUGGACUUUGAAGGAGGCGGAGCUUGAAUCGGGAUGCAGUUUCUUCCUCUCCGUGUUUACACUACCUGGUUGCUCUUUAAGACUUAAAGUGAAGGAUCGAUCAGUAUUUUAGAGUCGACGUAUUUCUCUGUGAAAACACACAAGCAGCCACCAAAGCUACUCUGCUGUAAACUCCGCUUCGGUCUGAUCGUCCUUUUUGACGAUCACGGUUUAAUGGAAGUCAAAUGAUUGUAUGUACAUUGUGUUGAAUGUAUGAUUCAGUAUCGGGUAUCUCAAGAUUAAAACUUUACUCACUCUGAAGGUUUUUAAAUGGAGAACAUGAUAACCUGAAUUAAAAACAGUUUAUUCUGGACACAACAUGUUCAAUAAAUGUUCUCUUGAUAUUUUAUUUGGCCUACCCUCCUCUAAUAAAACUGAGAAAUGCAAACAGGUUCAAUCUGGGGAGCGUUUUCAUCCACUGUUUGAUGAAAGCACAAAAUGUUUUGCACCAACUGAAGUCCAAAAAUAACAGAAGAGGUGAAUGUACGAGCAUGUGAACACUACUCAUGUCAACCUGAAACUUCAUUUGAAGUGUGAAGGAGCUAAAAUAAUAAGCCCAAGGUUUUGAAUUCAAAAGUAAACUUUGUAAUCUUGAGAUUUCUGGGUUAGAGCGUUCCUUUGUGUUUCAUUUGACUGACUUCUCAUAACCCGCCCGGCCUGCAGCCAGCGGACAGGAUGCCUUCUUCUGAAUCUGUCGUUCAGACCUCAUGCACAACUGAAGAAAUAAUAAAGAUGUUUUACUAAA